AUGUCCAAAUCUAAGCGACAGCGCGAUUGGGUCCUGGGCCCACCGCAGUCUGUGGCAGCAUCUUUGCGACCUGCCUCCGAGUACCCGGCUCAGCACCCGGCGUGCCCGGACGGUCAGAUCUCGGCACCGGCCAUCUGGCAGCAAACGCUCAGCUUCCACCGGAGAAUAAACCAUGAGGACCCUAUCGCGUUUCAAAGCCCUCGCCCCACUAAUGCUCGUGAUUCGGGGUCGCAAUAUACAGCUGAGGGGGUUUGCUCGGUCCCCGCCGUUCAGGCCGCCACGCGCCACCCGCCCAAAGUCUGUAUCGCACCACGGGGGACCGCAGACGUUGCAGGCGAUGGACGACAAGUGGAGUUUAUAGACGCGCAGUCGUCAAAAUGUUUCGAAUUCUGCGUGCGGCAAGCUCUCAGGUACCGGCCCAUGUUCGGGCCAGUCGACUCCUGCUUCCAGAAGCCGCCAAGCCCGCUGAUCGCAAAGCUUGUCGAGGUGUCGUGGUGGUUCAAGGCCUCGCAGCGAUAG